GGAAAUCGCUGUUGCGUCGCGAAAGAGGUGUUGCGUUUUCCUCGCGGUCGCCUUUCCGACAGCAGUUCGUGGAAGAUCAGCUGACACGAGAGCAGGGUGAAGCUCUAGACGCACGAGAUCGAGAUCGAGAUGAAAGCUCUCACGGCCACGAGGCAGGAGCGUCCACGUCGAUGCUGAGUGUUGGUACUGACUUGUUGGCACCACAGGCAGGAGCACAGCACUCAGCUGCAAACCGGGGCAACACAAUAAACGGCACCGCUUCAUCUGGUUUGGGGUUCUUGCAAGAAGGGGAAAGCGGAACGGCCAAAGGAGCAGGAGGAAGCGGAAACGUUGUGGCGUCCUCUUCUAGUAGUCGCAGCGGUAGGAGCGCAGCACCGGCUCUAACGACUUUCCGUCGCUACUGUCGGUAUCACGAUCGAAGUGGGCGCUUCGCAGACACGUCCUGUGGCUUCUUCGUCGACCUGUUCAUUGCGACCGAGAGCGAGGAAGAAAAAUCAUUUCGCCGAAAUAUUAAAAACAAAAACGAAACGAUGACACCCCAAUCUGUCGCAGUGCUACUGGCACACCUGAACGCGCAUAGACGAAACCUGUUGCGACAGCACGAGGAGACUGGGUGCUGUGUCGGGAAAGACACCAACCACCAGCGCUAUCGUGUGGCCCGACAGGUACUGGACGAUUCCUGUCCACCAGGUAGGACUGCGGACGAUGGAGCAGCAGAAAGUGGCCGCGGUUUUCCCGCUAGUGCCCGUAGUACCAGCAACGCAGCUGGUGUCCCACGCAGUCCGCACAACAUCAACAGAGAACGACCGAGCAGGAAUACUGAAGACCGGAGCACAGAGCUAGAUGUAGAAGGCGAUCGCUUCUCUUCGCUUACCCUCUGCGGCACGAGGGAGGAAGCACGACAGAGGUUCUUUACAGAUAUCGAAAAGAAAAAUCCCCCCUCCCCAUAUCAAAACGGAAUUUCUGAUGCUGGAUUUGUGUACACAAAUCAGCUUUGUAUUGCAGGAAGGCACUGCGGCCAGAUCCCCAUGCUAGGUAGGGGCGUUUGGGUCUAGUUGUUCAGCAUUGCAAACGGCUCCCCUUCAGGCCCGACAGCAUGACAAAUCGCCACCAUGCUAGGAUGGAAGCUUCUGCCCUUGUCUUCUGGCAAGGCACAUGUCUGUGAUUUGUGACCUGAAAUCAGCAACGCAAAUUUUCGGAAGCAUACCUUUUCCAUAUGGGGAGGGGGAGUUUUUCCUUUCGAUAACAGAUUCCUGUUGUUCGAAGUUGUUGAAGAAAGAACUCCUCGCGCUUGAACAUGUUCCUGUUUCUGGAAAUCUUCGAAACGUACCUCUUACGCCUUCACCUUCUCGGCUGCAACCACAUCGCCGGGCUUUGCGGAGGUCGGGAGAGUCAAAUGCAAAUUAUGGUGGUCCUCCACCUUGCAAGAGAAAGAGGAAAGGGACAAAAAGACAAACAGUAGGGGCCGUAGAUGCACAUGCACUUGAGUGGGAUGCUGCAGAAGCGCUCGGGCAUCAAAAGCAGCAUCGGAGCGACGUGAAUCCUGGUGGCCCAUGCAGCUCUCCCUUCCAUGCAGUUAGUGUGCGCCGCGCCAACAAAGAUAAAGAACAUGAUGAACAUGAGAAAUCCAAAAACUCCUCGUACGACUUCCGGCCGUUGCAGAAGUCGCACGACAUGCCAGAGAAAUCAUCAUCCCUGCGACGUAUUUUCAGUCGAAGGCCGGUGUGGGUGGCAGGAGCAAGCAGUGGCUCGAGUGAUCCACCAACUGCCGUCCAUAUUCUAGACGGCAGUGUCAGUGCCGCCCAUGACUCUAGACGACGUGCUGCAGGUAGUUCUCUGGAUUCUGGGCAGGGAGAUGAAAACUUCAUCUACGCGGCGGGUGCAAAAAGUACUGCAAGCGAAAAAGAGGUUCUUCGCGCGUGGUGUGUCGAAUUUCUGUCCGAGUCUGCAAUUUUGAAAAUGGCGCCGUGUGGGCGUUCUUCUGUGGAUGAAGAUGAAUGGAUUCCCAUUUUGGAAAAAACGCUUUCUGAUGGGAGCCUGGAGCGUUUGUGGCCUACCGACGCGGAAGAUGUCACGUCGCCAUUUUUACGUGUCGACGUGCGGGACGUCCUCGACGAGGGAGGAGAGUUUCAGGACGAGGAUGGGACUUUCGCAACCGAAACCAUCGAAGCAGAAGUGGAAGAUGCUGUUGCUGGUGGCCCGUCCUCGCGAGCGAUUAGUGAUGUUGAUGGCGUCCACGGGUCAGGAAGUCAUUUUUUAUUUGCCCUGCGAGACUCGACCUCGAGCAAUCCCCUGCUUUCGUGGAUUCUGGCUUUCCGUGAAAUGUCAACAGAGCACUUCGUGAGACUGAUGGUGCGAAUCGGCGGCCUUCUCACACAGGCCUGCUGCAGAGCGCUUGACGGUGGAAGCGGUUCGAGUAGUGUAGCUAUGCUUUCUCUAGAAGUACAUGGCCGAGGCGAUGCAGGAGGUGGAGGAGGAGUACAGCGCUCCGACGCAGUAGAUGACCAGGCCGACGAUACUAGGCCGCAUUCGCAUUUCGCCCGAUCCCGCGACAGAGUCGAUGGAAGCGAGCAUUUGCCUGCAGAUGCUGGGCGCGCAGACGAAGGGAUGAGCACCGAGGUGGACGAGGAAAGGGCCGAUGUGGAGCUGCUCGCGGAGGUCCUUCGCAAGUUGGAACUCGGCAGCUUUAUCGCGGCUCCGUGUUCGUCGCCGUUUCUCGCGCAGGAGGCCUGUCUGCUGGUGAAUCGCGAGCGCGACCGGAGCGGCGCGCAGACCCCGAUGGAAACUUUCGUCGCAGGCCCCAUCUUUGCCCUCGACGAGCCAACUUGUUCGGUCGGCAGGAGAGGGAUGCCAACAUCAGCGAACGAAUCCUCGUGCAAAACAACUACAAGAAGAGCAGGUAGCGGAGAUAAUCGAAGGCGACAAGUCCUCGCCAACAUUGACCUCAACGAGAGCGACGCUUUUUUUCACUUCGAUGGGAGGCGAGACGAGGACUCUACAAGCGAAAGCGCAACGACAACGUCAGAGGAUGUUUUCUCUUCCGACUCGGAAUCAAGUGCCGGCGGUCUCAGUUCAGAAUCCGGUGAAUUCAGAAGUUCACCAGAAGAAAAUGGAGCAAGAAGGAACGCGCUCACUUCCCCACAGCCGAAGCGAUUGCUUCACCUAAAUCGCCAGAAGCCUUGGUCGAAGGCGUUCCAGCGUCAACGAGCGGAGCAGCGCCACCAAGCUCGCUUGCGUCUAGAGACCGAGUUGAGAGUACCUCCUGCCCGGCCCCACGGCCUUGCCCGUGAGGUGGAAGCAGAAUCUGAAUCCGCAGACAUCGAACGAGGUCGCGGCUCUGCAAGAACACGACGUCGUCUUCGACCAUCAUCCUCUGUCGCGGAGCUGGACUCGUUUUUUGGCACAGUGCGGUGGCUCGACACGCCACCCGCUUGCGGUUCGGAGACCAUACACGUACUUUUGAAACAACUGAACAAGAAGAGUAGACGUAAACGGCGCACUCGGACGAACAGGAACAAAAAUUAUAAGGCCGCCGGCGCCUUUGGCAGCGAAAGCGAAACAGGCGAGGGAAGCGGAAGCCGCGAAACCGCAUCUGCAGAUUGUCCUCGUCCACACUGCACUGCAUUUGCAUGCAACGCACUCGGCGGAGAAGGACAGGUCCAAGAACAACCUGAAUCGGAAUCCUACGAGAAACAACUGAAAAGCCUGCGCUCGCGGUUUGCGGACGCGACAACGCGCCGCACGCGCACGCGCGGGAGUUACAACACGGUUGCGAUUCUACAGCAAUGCUUUCCCUUCGAGUUGCGCCGAGGGAACAGGUACUGGAAAGAAGGUCAGCUGGAGAUGUAUAAUGCCGAGCGAUCAAAUUGUCCUGUCGCCAACUCGAAUUCCACCCCGCAACUGGACGUGGACGGACAUGAUAGCGCUUGCGCUGCCAAAGUGCUACAAAAAUCUAUGAUCGAAAACGAAAACAAAAAGAAGGAGCAACAGGAAGAAACCGAUCGCAACGGAUUGCGGAGAGAAAACCUGGAUGAGCUCGCUCACGACUUUGACACUGUUUUGGCAAAGGCGUUGAACCACCAGCCCAGCAGCUAUGUGCGAUGCAUGCUGCCGGGAUGCUCGGCCUGCUUUUCCAGCUACGAAAAAGUGCGAAAACACAUGGAGACCUGCUGCACCGACCGCCACUGCAAUCCCGAGGAAAUCUACCGUCUCCGCGUGGCCGACACUACCGUGAAAAUGCAGGAUGGUCAUAUAACUCCUCCUGGUUCUACUGCCAGUGUGCAUCGCGGGACGGGUGGCGCUGCUGCACCUCAGGAUCAAACUCAAAUUCGCCCCCGGGAGAAUUCCGAGACGAGGACCUCGGCGUCAUUAUCUUGUGCAGCUGUUACAUCACCUACUCAAUCUCAUCCCAUCUUAAAACGCGGCAGACAGAGCAGGGAAAAGCAUCAAAGUGUGCGGCGUUGGCCGCCUGUUUGUACACAGGCCUGCAGCAAGAUUGCAAAUGUGCUUCGGCGGCAGCAUCUUCUGGAACCUUCGUUGACCUCCGGCGCAGAAGAUGUAGGCGAAGAACAGGGAGAUAAUUACGCUUGUCCGGUUCCCGGGUGUCUGGCGGCGUUUCCCACUCGCGACGCGACACUUUCACACUCAAAAGAUUGUAUCUUUUUGGCAGGACGAGGUGGAGGCCCUCCCGGAUUGCCAGCAAAAGGUGUUCCUCUGCUGUUGCGCUUUGUCUUUCGGGAUGACGAGGAAAUCACUGAAGCUCGGAGGUCUCUGAUGCUUCGUAGUUGCACCUCGGAUCGGAAGAUGUAAGGACGACUACUUCUACUUGAUUUUGAUAUCCCUGGCUUUUGUUCUUCCGUUUUUUUUCUUUAUUUUAGAUCUUGAUAUCGGAGCUUUUCAUCGUUUUCCUUCAUAAACAAAAUCAAAAAGCAGGCGACGGCCAAGAUGGUAGUUGAUUGCAUCUCCUGUUGAAUCGUGUCACCUUUUCCUUUCGCCAAGUGCCGCAUGGCGCAUGCACACCGAAAGCACCAAACACGCAAGUAGAGGUGUUAUUCAGGUAUACUAUAAUGUACGAUCCCGCUUUUUUGAUAUACUCAUCACAUCUACUAGAGCUGUCUCGUAGUGCUCGCCGGUUUGUUGUUGGGGCUUUAUUGAGUUUUGAAGCACAUAAAGAUAUGCGUAUGCGUUGAGUUGUCUCACCACUGAGUGUCUGACUAAAGACAAAGAUCAAUAUCAAGGAGCCAAGCAUUGGAUCCUUUGUUUCUCUGUUUGCCACAGGAACCUUGUUUCAGCCGCAUUUUUGGUUCGUUAUCGGCCAGGUCUUUGAAGACGAUUUAUAGAAGAUAAUACAACGAGAGUAAAGACGAG